AGAAGAAAAAACAAGAUCUGCAUUAGGUUGUUCACGCUUCUACGCCAUGGAUUGUAAACAAAAACCUGCUUGUUGUAGUAAUGGCGAGAAUCCUUCUUCUUCAAGUUUUCUUGUGAAUUUAGAGGUGAAAUUUCUGUUUGGUUGCAAAGAAAACUUUCUAAAUAGGUGAAUGGGUAUCUAUGUGCUGUUUUUAUGAAGCAUUUUAGAUAUUUGUGCUUUAGAUAAUGCGUUGACUUGACUUGGCAAGUAAGGAGAUACUGAGAGCUUUCCUUCUUGUUUUAUAGUUCAGAUGUGAAGUAGCCCUGAGUUAAGAGUACUUCAAGAGAAACAAGCUGGAGUUAUCUUUAUUUAUCUGAAAUUUAUCGAUGGGCGCUUUAUUGAGUGUAAAUAGUUCGAGGACUAUGGCUAGUGAGGUAUUUGAAGUAUCACAGAAUGAAACUUGCAAGAGACAGAGGUUGUCAUCGAUUUCUUGUGAGGGGAGUCCAGGAUUGAUUCCCAAUCUUCCUGAUGAGAUAUCAAUUCAGAUCCUUGCCAGACUUCCUAGGAUUUGUUACAUGAAAAUGAAGUUAGUGUCUCGGGCUUGGAAAGCAGCUAUUGUAAGCACCGAACUGUUCAAUGUGAGAAAAGAACUUGGAACAACUGAGGAGUGGCUUUAUAUAUUGGUGAAAAUUGAAGAUGAGAAGUAUUUAUGGUAUGCCUUGGAUCCAUUGUCCCGAAGAUGGCAAAGAUUGCCAACAAUGCCUGGUGUUUCUUUUGAAGAUGAGCCCAAGAAGGGUUUGGCUGCACUUAGAAUGUGGAAUGUAGUGAGCCCAAGUAUCAAAAUUGCAGACGCAGUAAGGGGUUGGCUAGGGAAGAAGGCUACAAUGGACCCAUUACCCUUCUAUGGCAGUGCUGUGGGUGCUAUUGAUGGCCGCAUCUAUGUGUUAGGGGGACUUACUAAAGCUUCAGCCAUGAGAAAUGUGUGGCAGUAUAAUCCAAUUCUAAAUGCUUGGAGUGAGAUGAGUCCAAUGUCCACUGGUAGAGCCUUUUGUAAGACAGGCAUUUUAAGCAACAAGCUUUAUGUUGUUGGAGGAGUCACUAAAGGCCGUGGUGGAGUGACUUCACUUCAAUCUGCAGAAGUGUUUGAUCCUCAUACUGGUCUCUGGUCUGAAAUUCCGACCAUGCCAUUUUCAAAGGCUCAGGUGCUGCCUACUGCUUUUCUAACAGAUUUGCUUAAGCCCAUUGCAACAGGAAUGACAUCUUAUAGAGGAAGGUUAUUUGUGGCUCAGAGUUUAUAUUGCUGGCCAUUUUUUGUUGAUGUUGGCGGAGAGGUUUAUGAUCCGGAGUUGAAUUCAUGGAAUGAAAUGCCAACCGGGAUGGGUGAGGGUUGGCCAGUGAAGCAAGCAGGAACGAAACUGAGUGUAACGGUUGAAGAUGAGCUGUUUGCACUUGAGCCAUCUAGUUCUCUUGAUAGUGCUAGAAUCAAGGUAUAUGAUUACCGAAAUGAUACCUGGAAAGUUUUGCUUGGAGAUAUUCCUAUUUGUGACAUGAGUAAUUCAGAGUCCUCCUAUUUGCUUGCUGGUUUACUUGGAGAGCUCCAUGUAAUCACUAAAGAUUCCAACAACAACAUUACAGUCCUACAGACAGAUGUACGGAACCGUUUAGCUUCCUCAUCUUCAUCAUUUUCAAUUAAUAACACCUCCCAGGAGGAGGCUGAGUCUGCGGCAGAAUCAGAAACAUGUGUUUGGAGUGUCAUUGCGACUAGAAAUGGUAGGUCUGUUGAUCUGGUUAGUUGUCAGACACUUAAUCUUUAGGUUCAUCUUAUCGUUUCUGUAAUUCAGUCUGCUGAUAAAUGUGUUGUAUGCAUUAUUACAUUCUUCUUACGGUUGUGAAGAGAUGAUACCUGAAAGGAAAAGAAAAUGAUCUCAGUAUUCAAUAUCUAUGAUGUGAUCUAUUAUAUAUAAGCACUUGUAAACAUUUCUUGAAUUCUUGUGUGCUUAAAGGGGUGGAUAAUUUAAUGGAAGGAAAUUGUUUGCCCCUCUUCCUGCAUGUCGAUUAUCGGUCGAAUAGAUUUAUUGUUGCCUUUUGAAUGA